AUGAGGUUAGGGAGUGACACCUCCGGACUAGAAGAGGAGAAGAAGAAAUUAUACGGACUUCAAGAAGAAUUAAAUAAUUUCCGAGUGUGGUUAGAAGAUGCAGAAGAAAUUGCUAGUACACAAGCAGAACAAGGAAAUGAACCUCAGUUAAAUGAAUUACUGGAAAAAGUCAAGUUUAAAGUGGGUGAACUUCAGCCACACAAGGAGGUGUUGAAACAACUGAAUGAAGCUGGAGGAACAGCUAUAGUAAGUGCCACAAUAGCUCCUGAAGAAAAACGAAAGAUUGAAUGUGGCCUCAAGGAGGCUAAUCAGCGCUGGAUAAAGGUGUCAAAGGAUCUUUAUGAUAAGGAAAAUGAAAUUGAGGAUCAUUUAAAGAAUGCUUCCCUGUUUGAACUCCAGUUGAAUCAGCUAAAAUUGUGGGUUUCAUCUGUAAAAGAACAGUUAGAAUUCUACAAUCAAGUGGGAAGACCUGGAGCAUUUAACAUCAAGGAAAUAGAGGAUGCUAUAACAGCUAAGAAGCCACAUGUGGAAUUCCUAUUGUCUAAGGGUUAUCAGCUGUAUGCAGAGAAAUCAGAUUCCCAUCCUGUAAAGAGUCAAUUAUAUGAUUUGAAUGAAGAGUGGAAUUCAGUAAAUGAUUUACUUGAAAAACUAAAACAAAGGCCCGUGGUACCACAAAGACUUGAGCUGGACAUUACCUUUAUCCUCUCUGAAGUGUACCACCCAUAA